AUGAACCCAUACUACCCCAUUGGGUCUGAAAUCCCCGGCUAUGUUGCAAACAAGUCAAGCGUGUUGGAGCUUCUGGGCAUCUUCUUCAGCGCCUGCAUUAUCCUCUUCACGGCAACAUACUUCGUUGCCAAGCGCGUCCAGCCCAAUCUCAAUGGCAACGAAUUGAUCACCAUCAUGUGGUUCGUCCUCUCCGGAACGAUCCACAUCUUCUUCGAGGGGUACUACGCCGCCAACUUCCAGACCCUGGGCUCCAAGCAGACUCUGAUAGGACAGAUGUGGAAGGAGUACGCGUUCUCGGAUUCGAGGUACCUCACCCAGGACGCGCUGGUUUUGUGUGUGGAGUCCGUGACUGCCAUGUUCUGGGGUCCAGGUUGCCUGCUCAUGGCGGCACUGAUCAUACUGCGCAACCCGUUCCGCUACCCUGUGCAAAUGAUCGUUUCCAUGGGCCAGUUUUACGGCGACAUCCUUUACUACGCAACCAGCUUAUUUGAGCUCUAUGUGGCUGGCAAGAGCUACUCGCGACCUGAGCCUUUCUAUUUCUGGUUCUACUUUGUCUUGAUGAACGCUUUCUGGAUUGUUAUUCCUGGCGCUCUCAUUUACCAAAGCGCCGUUCGCAUGGCCUCAGCGAUCGACAUCGUUCAAAAACAGCAAGCGGGAAAGAAGGCGAAAUGA